AUGCGUUCCUCUCUUCGAAACCCGGCGGCCGCUCUCGCACUCGCGACUGUGGCUUCAGCUACAUCCCUUAGCAGCAUUUGCACAGACGCCUAUGCGAAGCAAGCUUUGCCUGUUGGUGCCAUUGACGGUGUUACCAUCGAUGAGUCCUCGGUCUCAACCAGCUUGGUUACCAACUAUACCGCGACCUCGAUUUUCUUCCCCACGGACACUUUCAACUACUGCAACCUGACUUUUGCCUAUUCCCACAAUGGUAUUGCGGAUGAUGUCGUUCAUGUACAGUACUGGCUUCCUGAGCCAUCUCAGUUCAAGAACAGAUACGUCUCUACUGGUGGAGGUGGUUGGGCUAUCAACUCUGGAAGCUCCUCGAUUCCCACUGGUAUUAUUGCAGGAGGUGUUGGUGGUCUGACCGAUGGAGGAUUUGGAACCUUCGAUACCCAAUUCAGCUCUGCUGCCCUCCUGGCCAAUGGAACUAUUAACUGGCAGGCGACUUACAUGUGGGGCUACCAGGCACACAACGAGCUCGCCAUUCUCGGCAAGGAGCUGACACGAAACCUCUACGGUGUUGCCGACAGCCAGAAGAUCUACUCCUACUACCAGGGAUGCUCCGAGGGAGGUCGUGAGGGCUGGAGCCAGGUCCAGCGAUUCCCUGAGCAAUUCGAUGGUGUUGUUGCUGGAGCUCCUGCCUUCCGAUGGGCUCAGCAACAGACCAACCACCUGUCUGGUAAUGUCAUGCAGCAGACACUCAACCACUACCCAUCCAACUGUGAGCUCGAGAAGGUCAUGAACCUUACCAUUGCCAGCUGUGAUCCCCUGGACGGCAAGACUGAUGGUGUUGUUGCUCGCUCUGAUCUCUGCCUGAAGAACCUCGACUGGGACAAGAUCGAGGGCACCGCCUUCUCCUGUGCUGCCAGCUCUGGUUACGGUUCUACUACCCCCGCCGUCUCUGGAAAGAUCUCUGCCAAGACUGUUGAGCUUGUCAAGACUUACUGGAAGGGUCUGCAUGACUCUGACGGAAACUUGGUCUACUUCAGCUACCAGCCCGGCGCUACCUUCACUGAUCUGGAAACCGAGUACGACUCUACCACCGGUGAAUACGAGUUGGACAUCAGCGGUCUUGGUGGUAUAUGGAUUGCUCAGUUCAUCGACUACAUCAAGGAUGCCGAGAACAUCGAUAGUCUUGCCAACGUCACCUACGACACCCUGCGUGAAUGGAUGAUCUUCUCCCAGGCCAAGUACGGCGACAUUCUCCAGACCACCUACCCCGACCUCAGUGAAUUCCAAGCUGCGGGUGGUAAGGUUCUGCACGUUCACGGUGAACAGGACUUCUCCAUCCCCACCGCUUCCUCUAUCCGCUACUGGGACUCUGUCCGUCAGAUCAUGUUCCCUGAGAAGUCUUACCGCGAGGGUGCCAGUGCCGUUGAUGACUUCUACCGUCUGUUCCUGAUUCCCGGUGUGGGUCACUGCGCUACCAACGACUAUGAGCCCAAUGCGCCCUGGCCUCAGUUUACUCUGCAGACUGUCAUUGAUUGGGUUGAGAAUGGCACUGCCCCUGCUACUCUGGAUGGAUCAUCUGAGAUUGACGCGACUAUGUGCCGCUGGCCAUUCCGUCCUCUUUGGACCGACAAUGCGAAGAAGUUCCAGUGUGUCUAUGAUCAGGACUCGGUGGACAGCUUCACCUAUGAUCUUAAUGCUUACUCUAUGCCUGUAUACUAA